UCUCUCGCUCUCUGCAGAGGUACGACGCUCUUUCAUUCCUCCAGUUUCCUUUAUUCACUUCUUCUUCACCGACGCUCACCUUCUUCGUCGUUGAAGGUCCGGCUCUUCUUCACCGACGCUCUUCAUCUUCGCCAUUGAAGCUCGUCAUUGAAGCUGGCUCUUCUUCAACAACGCUCAACAAAGCUCCGGCAAUGGGCAAGACUAUAGAAGGGAAGGCCAAGCAUUUUAGGUGGUCGGUUCCAAUGGAGCGUAUGUUUUUAGAGAUACUAGCCGAUGAAGCUUCAAAGGGGAACAAACCUUCAGCCACCUUUAAACCAUCUUCGUUUGCUCGAGUUGCUCAAGCUAUAAAUGAUAGAUUUGGGACUGAAUGUGAGCCCGACCAUGUAGACAAUCAUCUUAGAACUAUUAAAAACAAUUGGGCCACCAUCCAAAAAUUGCGGAUUAAGAGUGGAUUUCAAUGGGACCAUAACUUGAAGAUGAUCACGGUUCUUCGGAAGGAAGUUUAUGAUGAAGAAAUAAUGGCACAUCCUACCCAUGAGAAGUACUUGAACAAGAAAAUCGAAAUGUACAAUGAACUCGCUCUAGUGGCUGGAAAAGACAUGGCCACGGGAAGCUUUGCAAAACAAUUUGGUGACAUCGACUUGCCUCCUACCGUGGAUGUGGACUACUCAAUUGAUUUAGAUGAUAGUAGUGAUAAUAUUACAAAAGGAAUAGAAGAUCCAUCAAGAGUUAAUAGAAAGCGAAGUCGUGCUCCUAAUAAGGAUGAUAAAUUUGCAAUGCUCUCAGAGCAAAUUGGAGAGGUUGCUUCUGCAUUAAAAAAGAUGAGUAAAAAUCAGUUGGAUGUUGCUGAGCUCUACAAAGAAGUGAUGGAGGUUGAAGGUUUUGAUGAAGCCACCCUUGUAUAUGCCUUUGAUUAUUUGGUGGACAAUGAGAGAGUUGCAAAAGCAUUCAUUGUCAAGAGUGCCAAGCUAAAGAAGUUAUGGCUCGAAGAUUUCAUAGAUAAAAGAGGAAAUGGAAAUUAA